UCACGUCAAAGUUUUUCAUUUCUCUCUUUUUGACUUUGCAAACUUGAAUUUUGCGUUUGCUGCACAGAAUUAUUGCCAAUAAAAUCAAUCUACAUCACCGGAGUUGAAACUACAAUAUCUAAUCAUGGCGGCCCCGUCCCCCAACCAGAUGAUCACCUGUCCGUACAAUAAGGCUCACCAGGUCGAGCACUACCGGAUGCACAUCCACCUCCAGAAGUGUCGGAAGCAGCAUCCCAACUGUAACAAAGUCAUCUGCCCGUUCGAUUCCACGCAUGUGGUCAACGACGUGGAGUUGGAUUUCCACAUAUCCUCGUGCCCGAAGCGCAUCCUGCUAGACGCUCAACUAUAUGUGACGGAUGACGACGCCAAGCCGGCCGUGGAGGUCCAGACUUCGCUGCCGUCCACUUCCGCUGAAGAAGAGAACUGGGACGAUGAAGUCACAACCGGCUACAAGCCCGAUCCGUCCAAGAAGGGUGCUCACAUCAUCACUAAGAUCAAAGGCGCUACGCCCUCCGAACGCAGGAAAGCCCGUAUGGAAGGAGUCAAGAACUACAAGCCUCCGGAAGAUCAGUAAAUGUAACGGUUAGGUUACAAAUGGACGGCUAAAAGUGAAACAAGCUACGUUUGGUCAAUGCAACAUAUUUAUUACAGGUGUAGUACAUAAUUGGGUUACGGGCAUUAACGGACGUUACGGGUAUGCGAGCGGAGGGGUGAUAGCAGAGUAAAUACAAAUGAGUAGGUCAUCUUCAUAGAAAUGCCCGAGCGCGGUUUGUAUGUGAGCGCGCCAAUACGUAUGCGGCGCGCACGCACACAGUGACAAAUUUUAGCGUGGAUUAGCGGUGAGGUGCGCUGAAUAUUGAAGUAUUUACUCUGGUGAUAGUCAAAAGCAGUUCUGAAGUCUCGUUGACAUUUGACGUCACAAAAACCCUCCCUAUCCCAUACUAAGGCACUUACUUAGGUAUGCACUACAUCUGUACAUAUUUCUGUCAUCUUAAUGUUUAGAUUCAAUUCAAAUUAUUGGUGUGUAGGCCAUUUUAAGGCAUGUUGUUUGUGUUUAACUACAAUAAUAUUGAUGUUCUAUUGGGUGUCUAUCCUACCAUAAUUUCGGGACUAUAGUCCGGUCGCCGAGCACGUAGAAUCUCGUCCAAUGACCCCAAGCUACCCA